AUGGCGACCAUUGCUCUCCCCAGACCCAUAGCGCCCCACCGAUCGUCGUCUGGCAUGGUAACAUUAUCCUCGCCGAUAAGUCUGGACACCAUCAACACCCAACCACAGCAGGUGCCUUGCCCUCCCGUUCCAAACAAACACAUCCCCGUCUGUCCCACGGGGCCUGCGCCUGUCCAGGAGCCAAACACCCCGCCGCCGUCUCCCGCGCAGGAGGUCGAGAGCCAGCAGGCCUCGCUCCUGUAUCCUCCAGACAAAUACACCCAGGUCGAAUCGGGGUCGUUAGCCGUGUACAAGACCAAUGCUGCCGAGGUGGCCGCUGCCCUGAAAUUUGUGGCUCGGCAACCUCUGCCGGACCCCUCGCAGGUCUUUCCGUGGCUCCAUGGCUUGCACCCGAGCAACCACGUCCAACAGGCCUUCUUCAUUGCCCGGAAGAGGGCGCUGCGAAAGACGCCGGCGUGUCUCAGGGGCAUAACAGUGGUGAAAGCCGAUGGCGAUCUAUCAGUCUCGCGUAUCAAGGGCGCUAUCGCACCCGCCGAGAUCCUGCAGUCAGGCUCACUCGGCGAGUUCUUGGAGGUAGACCCCAGGGAGGGCUUUUCUGUGAGGAACUUCCAGAUACAGCCUGCCAAGUCGGCCAUGACCUCGGAUAUGGUGGUCUACGGCGAGGAUUCCGCGCUUGUUCGCAAGGUUGGUUGGGAGUUGGCAUCGGCCCAGGUCAGAUGGCGUGAGAAGCACGAAGAUCAGGGGCAUGCGGUCCCGACGUACAAUACGUUUAUCUGCACGAGCCCGUUCCGCAUCUUUGAGAAGAACCAUGCGGAACUGGUCUCGAUCGACUCGGAGGGGCAGCUUACCGGUGCGGUCAUGGACUUCUUCCAUCAGGAGAGGCUGGAGAUGUACAUGAUGACCAAGGCAUCCGAGAUCUCCCACAAUGUCUGGCUCGGCCCCACCCCCGAGGCUGGCAGCGAAGACGAGCAGCAGUUUGACGUGUUGAUCGAGUGUAGUGACUUGGGAAGGUUAAACCCGCUUGCUUUGCGUGCUAUUGCUGAAAACCCAAACGCCAGUGCCAAACAUUAUGACUUUGAUUUCCCAUCGUCUGGUAGCAUACUACCUCCAAGCUGGUCUCAUGCCGAGGCAGAUGACAUACUGGAGACAUGCAAAUGGGUCUGGCAUCUUGCCCACGGUACCUUGCCAUCGCCUACCGACUUUGAGGGUGACACCAACAUGGAGCAGGACGAUGGGUCGUCGUCCAAGGAGAAACCAGGUCGCCCCCGCAAGAUACUCAUUCACUGCGCCGACGGCUACACCGAGUCGACAAUGCUUGGGAUUGCCUAUUUCAGUUACAGCACGUUUAGACCCGUGCCCGAAGCUUGGCUCAAUUUGCAUACCACCAUGAAGCGGAACUUCUUUGCGUACCCCACGGACGUUGCUCUACUGACCGCCCUCUCGACCCGCCUGCUCCAAGAGUCGCCCCUCUGUGGUGAUCGGAGUUUGUCAGAGGUCACGGAACUCGUCCGCAACGAGCCUAGGUGGUUUGCAAACCUUGACGGGUCGUUCCCCAGCCGUGUUCUCGACUAUAUGUACCUGGGUAACCUGGGACAUGCAAACAAUCCAGACUUGUUGAGAGCGCUGGGAAUCGGCCAGAUCCUCAGUGUUGGUGAGACGGCCAUGUGGAGAGAGGGCGAACUUGAGGAAUGGGGCCCAGAAAACGUCAAAAUAGUGCAGGGCGUGCAAGACAAUGGUAUUGACCCGUUGACAGACAACUUUGAAAGCUGCCUCGACUUCAUUGAUCGAGGCCGUCGCAAUGGCGUGGCGACUUUGGUACAUUGCCGAGUUGGUGUCUCGAGAAGCGCGACCAUUUGUAUCGCCGAGGUGAUGCGCGAACUGAAUCUAUCGUUUCCCCGGGCGUAUUGCUUCGUACGUGCUCGCCGGCUGAAUGUCAUCAUCCAGCCGCAUCUAAGAUUUGCUUACGAGUUGCUCAAAUGGGAGGAGACCUUGUGCACUCGACGGAGCACGGAAGCUGAACGUGAGGAGGGCGACUUCAAGAGGGAACUUGAAUGGCCCGAGAUCGCUAGGGAGAUCGCAUUGAUGAACCGUCCCUAUGCCAGAUGA